AUGGCAUCGGAUGACAUCGACGUUGCGUUAUCCUUCCAGCAGCUUUUGGCAUCCGACAUCAAACUCGGUGUCUCCCUCCCGGACAGACAUGCGAAUCACUCGCCAGUAUCGCCACGGAGCUCAAUUCGCUCAACGUCUCCGAGCUGAACUACCGGCACAUGCGAACGGUGGCCUUGUACGACAUUACGGAAAUCCGGAACCCGUAUGUCGUCCGUGCUCGUUCCCUCGCAUUCAUAUAGUGGAAUUUUGAUGAACCGAUCAAGUCGAACAUUCUUACGUUGCUCGGAAUGACUGAGAAGUUCAGGUUGGUUAACUGUCUCAGCCGAUGCAUUUCUGAUCCUCUUUUUUCAGAAAAUUGGUGCCUUACGUGGAAGAGUGUAUGAAAGAGACGACUAGCAGAGUGAUGAUGUGCGAGACGCACGAACCUUCAACCAAGAAAAGUGUAACCAGUUUUUGCUAUUUUUAAUAAUCUAAUUUAUUCUUGAAUUUGCCUUGUACCCGCUCUUGUACCCUUGUAAUACAGCUAUUAAAUAAUGCAACUAAUUAUAAACAUCUAUGACUCACCGUGCCUCUAUUUUUCCGCCUUCGAAGGUCUGAUAACCUGAAAUAUUGUUGCCUUGUCCUGAUUUUCCGUUUAUCUGCUAUUCAAAAUGAGCGGUUUCGUCGAUGCGGAGGAGGCGCCGAUCGUGAUUUUGUGAAAUCCAUCAUUUUAUCAUUUCCUAGCUGCCCACCAUUUCUCGUGAACUCCACCAUUUCUCGUAAUCCUCAUCACUUUCAUCUCGACUCCAACUUCUUAGAAACCAUCAGUAUUCCCGUUAGUUUUCGCACUCUUUUCCUGUCUUUUUCGUUUUCUCUUUUUUAUCGUCAUCAACCCCUUUUCCAGCAAUGGCCGGAUCUUCUGCUGCCACUGGCUCUCGCCAAGCGCCCGUUGAUCAUGACAAGCGCCCGUUGAUCGUCGUUGUCGGAAUGGCAGGGUCGGGGAAGACCACGUUCGUUCAAAAAAUGGCCGCCAGUUUGAAUGCUCAGCGAGCUGCUCCAUUCGUUGUGAACCUGGUGUAUGAUAAGACAGAUGAGGUUGGCGGGAAGAUUGAGAAGCUGAAAUGAAAUGGCCGUUUGCAGUUGAUCAGCAGGAUGAAUGAGCAGACUUACAACUCCGUUAUCGUGGACACUCCUGGAAGCAUCGAAGCAUUCGCAGAAGGCAGUCCGGGACUCAAAUUCAUUCAAUCUCUUUCGAUAAGUCACUCCGCCGUCCUCGUCUACUGCCUCAACUCCCAAAUGGUCAAAACGCCAACUUCGUUCCUCACCAACAUGUUGUACGCUUGCUCGGUGCUCACGCAUGCAAAACUCCCCGUAGUCAUUCUGUUCAACAAGGUGAAUCAUUCGUCUCUCAUUUUAACGCUUAUCAUCCACCUUUCAGGCUGAUCUUUUCGUCCCAUCGUACGCAAUUGAAUGGAUGGAGGAUUACGCCUUGAUGGGCAGAAAUCUGGAAGACGUGAGAAAUUCGGAGAGAUUGGUCGAGUUUUCGAGCAGAGCACUUGGCGAAGCCCUGUCUCAGUUGCCGAGUGGGUGCAAAAUGGCGUAUGCGAGUUCCAGGCAAGGAACAGGAUUCGCUGAAGUGUUCAAAGCGAUCGAAGAAGCUGCUAGCGAUCACGAGCACCUGUUCGUUCCGAAUCAGUUGAAGGCCGAAGAGAGCGAAGUGAAGGAGGGGUCGACAAGAAAGGCGGCGAAGCCAGCAUUCCGCAUUUACUCGGACAAAGAAGACGCUUUCCUGCUCCGCCGAUUACAAGAAGUGUCGGAAAAAGGCAAAAAGAUAAACAUCAUGUCCUUCUGCAGAAACCUAAAGUCGGAAGGUUUCAAUCGUGAGCCAGACUCGAUUAAAAGAAGGUACUAUACUUGAAGUUUGACUAAAUGUAAUAAUUUUCCAGACUGGCCGACUAUCUCCGAGAUAAAAUUGAAAAUAAUGGUUCUCUGGAUCUGGCUACGAAAUGCAGAAUGAUGUACUCGCCGAUCUCGGACGAUUUGAGAGCGGAGCUCGAGGAGCACGGCACGUUGAAGCACGACGACGAGAAAAAAACGAUUCAGUCGUACAAUGGACUCGGCCUGGAUCUGGUGGCGAACACGAAACGGCGCAAUGUGAACGACGACUCGUCGAUUGGUGAUGAGAAGAGAAGCCGCUAUUGCUGA